GUUUGAAACAGAAACUGGAAAGAAAGGUAUUUUCAACUACUUUUCAGCCAAUCGAUCACUUGCCAGCUACCAUUGGACCAAAUUAUGAUAUACUGCGCUAUUCCUACUGUCUAGUAAGUAAAAAGAACGAAAAGAUCGUUAAGCGAGGAGCAGCGCAGUGAUGCAGGCGCUGAGGCGUGCUGCUGUUCCGGCUGCAGCAGCAAGAAAUGGAGUAACUUAUAGAAGUUUCAUUCCCCACAGAGACACGAACAUUUUGUGGCCGUUUUGGAUGCAUAGUCCCCCAGAGCCGUACACACCGACGUUCGAAACACCCGUGUGGAAGAAAAUAUUUGAGGAGAAUAAGGUCGUACUGGCAUGGCAUAUGCCGUCAAUUUCACAGGACCGGUUUGAUGAUAUACGCUAUCAGUUCUUCCAGGAGGAUAUUGGCUUCAAGAGGUGCAACAAGAAGGACUGCCAUCCGUACAUUCUCAAGUCAAAGUACAGAAAUAUGACCCGUCUUAUGCAGCCAGGAUGUGCGGUGUCGUACACGAACGAGAUCAACAUCAAGAAAACUACAAAGAUUGCGCGGCCAUUCCUAAAUCUAGAGCUACUGGGAGGCUGCAUCGAGGGCGAGCUGCUGACGCGGAAUGAAGUGCUCAAGCUUUCCGGCAUUACGGACAUCACCCAGGUGCAGAGUGAGCUCAUUGGCGUCCUCUCCACACCAGCAUACCUUCUCUCAGCGUACUUGCAGAAGCAUGCCGACGGACCAGACGCACCAGCUGCAGCAGCAACACCGCAAGAUGCAGCAGCAACACCACCAGAUGCAGCAGCAGCAGCAGCAGAAAGCCAGCAGAAGGAUGCUGCAGUGCCAGCACAACAGGACGCAGCAGCAGCACCACCACCACCACCACCUGCAGCACCUGCAGAAAAUAAAUAAAAGUUAUAAAACCAAUGCCUUGACAUGGACACACUGUUUUGUGUGCUUUUUACACUGAGAUGUUAUUUGUGGCAGGCGAGUGAAAAUCUGCCCAUCAUCUGGAUGAGUGAGUGAUGUGUGAAACUUUUCCGCCUGGCUUUGUCCUGUGUGCAGUGCAAGCUAGGCCUGUGUAGUGAGCUCUGCCAGAACCAGAUGGACAUGUAUGAGGGAGAAUCAGUAUUACAGUAGUACUACUUGAAGUACUUCAGUGGAUUGCUCCACGUUUGCUUCAAGACGUUCUAUUCUGUUGUGUUGUGCUGGUGCAUCGUUGUUCUAUUGUUAGAAUUGAGCACACUGGCAUUGCAUUCAUGCCAGGCAUUCCCCCAGCACACCGCGUCACACUGUUGAUGAAUGUGUUGAUGCGGAUGUUUUUUUUUACAUCAUAGAAUGCUUGACGCGUGCACAGCGCAAGACUGAGAAAGUGGCAAGAAUACUGUGAGCCAACACCAUA